CAAACAUGGCGACUGAAUCAGUUCUUUGGACUGUGUCGAUAUUUCUUGGACUUUUAUUUGCUGGUAAGGGAUUUAUUGAGACUUAGAAUCUCAUCUAAUUUUCUUCAUCUACAUAAAUGUGCCUUAUGUUUCUAAAUAAUCAUUAUUUACCACAAGAUGGAAAACAUCUCAUCGAAAGUUAGGCAUAGUUUAAAUCUUUUUCCGUUCAGAGUGAGGCAACCCCUCUUUUCCUGAACAUGACAUAAAGCACACAGUUUGCAAGUUUUUUAAUUUUUUCAAGCACUUCUUCUAUUCUGGCUUAAAUACCGAUGUGUGAAUCGCACCAUCUCGACUUAAUUUACAUCGAUCGAGACAUCGACUCAACGCAAGUUCCUUGAUAUUAAAAUAGAUUCUCUUCCUUUCACACACAUGCACACUGAUACUCACCCUUCUACUUUAUCUUCUUUUCCAGCAAAUGGAGAUAAGGUCGCGCAGAAAAUUUACCAACAAUUAUCAGGGGUGAAUCCCUGUGUGCUUCUGACAAAUGCUACACAUCAAAUUGGAUGCACUUGUAAGUUAUUGUCAUGACUAAAUGUACCUAUUGGCUGGGUGAGAGGACAGGAUAAAAAGAUAGUUGGCAUAUGAACAGAAUUUACCAGCGGGAAAAACAUGAGGGUGGAUGCUCCUUCUCCACUAGCAUCUGUUCCCUUACCUUUUUAGUUAUUGUCUCUCCCCAGUUCGAAUCAAUUUUUUUUUUAUAUAUUAAAAUUAUAGCAGAGGUUGAAUUUUUAUCAGAUCAGGGCAGAUAAUUUAAUGUUUUGUUGUAUUAUAGUAGCUAUGGCUUUAGAAAGAAUUAGGUGGUGAAAUACUUCAAAAGACCACAAUGAAGAAAUGCAUUUUUUUUUCAACAGCCAGCAUGAGUGGUCAUGUUGGAGUCCUUCACUAUAUUAAAAGUGAAGCUGAUGUUGAUUGGAUAAUACAGAAUGGAAGCCAUGCACCAUAUGUUCCAUUGUUCAGAUCUGAUCUGUUCACACUGUAAGUAUGAUUAUGGUAUAGUUUAUUAGAAACUCUAUAUUUUGGCACAAUCUGUAGUUUAAUUGAGACUUAUUAUAUUACUGUAUUAUUGAAGCUUUAAUUGACAUAAAGGAUAUUCCUGUAGGAACAAGAUCACCAGAUGUGUAUUUGACCCCCUAAAGUGACAAGCAUCUACUUUCUCCUUAAGUAUCACCUCUAAAUCACACAUUAAGGUCAUGAGAAUGGGGUAAAUGAUCAUCAAUUUGAUUGUGAAAGAAAUUCUCCCUGUCAGCAUCUUAGGAAAUGUAUGGGGAACAGUUUGGAGAAUAUGCAUACAAUUGUUAGGGUGUUAAAGGUUAAUGGCUGCUAUUGUUAUGAGACAAAUGCACUCAAACUAAGCUGACAGCCAUGAUACAAGAAACUUAUACACAGGGGUGGUUGUGAUUAAUGGCUGCCAACCGUGACCUGUGAACCUUCUUGUGUCUGUCCUGGUUUACUCAGCUAUGGCAGUCAAACCCAGGUGUAUAGGUUGGAGGCUGUUCUGUGCCUGGUACACUCCUGCUAGUUGGUCACAAUCUAACCUCUCUAUCUUUUUGUGAGUCUUGGAUAUCACUUAGGAUUUGUUAACACCCAGUAUUUUGUUAUCAUGUAAUGUUUCUUUGCAGUGAAAUUGUUGAUCGUCUCAUACAAAAGGAAAAAAUAAACGGUGCUCUUGUCAUAGCUGUUCCAUCAGGAAAAUACAGAUAUACUCCUAAAGCAGGUAUUUGUUUUGAGGGGGCCAUGGAGUGUUAUCUUACAUGUGGGAUGUUAAAUGGGAGAAGGGGGUACCCUCAGGGGAACCCAUGGGGGUUACCCAUGAGAGGGGGAAGCCAUGAGAGGGGGAACUCAUGGAGGGCAAUCCAUGGGCGGAAAACCCAUGGGAGGGACCCAUGCAGGAGAUAUCCAUGGGAGGGGGAACCCAUAAAAGGGGUCCUAGAUAACUUGGAAAGUCCUGGAAUUUUAUUUUGACAUUUUCCAGGACUGGAACGUCCUGGAAAAAGAUUUAAUCUGCUUGACUCAGGCAAUAAAGUUUUCAGAAUUUACAUCUGAAGAAAUGUGUGUAGAAUGUAAGUAGAAUUGAUUUUGAAAUCUUGGGAAUGAAAGGGUCAAAGGUGUAAUUUGGAGUCCUGGAAAAAUCAUUCUGGGUCUUCUAAAAGUCCUUGAAAUUUGUUUCUGAAAAAGGGUACAAACCCAAACUAAUUAAUCAAAACAAUAAUUAUUGAAGUUUUUACUUUAUCAUCAUUUAUUUUUUGUCAUAUUUUUUGUAUUGCAGAUUCCCCUGACUAUGAAUGUCCUAAAGAUAAUUUUGGUAAGUCAUUAGAACACCACUCCAUAUGUUGAGCAUGUUAAAUGGGUGUGAAAGUCAAAUAUGCACUGUUGUCUCUUGCAUACUUUAAGGUCAUGUUUCAUCGGGAUCAACCAUUCCAAAUGCAGCUUGUCACUUUAUUUUGUUAUAAAGGGUGUCAUCUGAAGCCCGCACUUGACUUGAAUAAGCCUGAGUAAUCCUUGUGAAACAAGAGCAGUAGCUAUCAGUACUUUUACUACCAUAUCAAACUGGUGCACUACUGGUUGAAAAAGUUGGGCUACCAAAUCAAACUAACCCUUUUUUUUUUUCAAAGAACAGCUGAAAACACUAUCAACCUAACCAAUCUCAAAGAGUUGAUCCAAAUAGUAUGAGACCUAGAUCAAUUAUUUUCUGUUGUGACAUUAUCUUUUAGGAAUCUACAGUGGAGACAAAAAAUAUGAAAACUGUAAAGAAGUGAAAUGGAACCCAAAAGUAAGUAGCCACUGAUUCUUUAACUCCCAGAAUGUCAGUAUUAACUCUCCUCACUGUCUUUUAUGUAUUUCUUGGAAAAUUCAUCAACCCUUUAACUCCCAUGCGUGACCAAGAGAGAAUUUCUCCUUACAAUGUCAAUACAAUAUCAACCAGAUAAGUGAUUAGAGUAAAGAAAAAUAUCAAUUUGGGGAUAAUUAGUUGAUCCAAUGCUAAAUUCUCUGAACUAAUAUUAUGAGAAUUGUAUGGUUGACAGUGAGGAGAAUUACAAAUUUGAUCUGAGAGUUAUAGGGUUAAUAAUUCAGGAGAAUUAUGACCAAUCAAUAGGCAGUAUUUGAGUCACAUGUUUACUUCUGUAAACCCCAAUAUAAAUCAACUAUGGGGAAGCACAGGGAGGGUUUGAAAAGGUAGCAGGAAAAGGCUGGGGUUAAUGAAUCAUGAAUCAGCUGAAUUAUUAAUAGGAUUAAUUUUCAUUAAGAUCUCCAACUCCCCUACUUAGUAUGCUUAACUUGUAUAAAGACAAACCCUAGAAAUUUGUAUAAAGUUUUUAAAUCAAUCACUGGUUUGACAAAUGAUGGUUGAUCACAACAAUUAACAAUAGAGCAAAUUGGGAGGAUAACCUCUCCAUUUUGCUCGGCCACUUCACAAACAAACUUGCUCAACCAACAGUUUAGUGUAUUGGCAACAUAUGCUCUGGUGGAAUGGUCAGAUCUUGAACAACUUUGCAUUUGAGGUCAGCCACUCCAACAACUUCAAACAUUGCACAUGUAUUUUGCUGCUGCUGCUGCCAUUCCUCAAAGACUUUUCUACCCCAUUUAGUGUUGUAUUGUGUUGCUUUCAGAGUGGCUUCAGAAAGUAGACUGGUUUCUUCUUCUUUACUCUUUGGACCAUUUUUACUAUUAGGUAAAGUCUUGAAAACACUUUGCUCUAACUUGUUGAUUUGUUCUUUGCAGGGAACUGGAAUGUCUUUCAAGUAUUUUGAUAUUCCCAUGUUUGCUUUGAAUGACGAGGCAGAAGUGGAUGAUCUUCUCCAGGUAUAAACUGGCAUGCUGACCUUUACACUGCGCUUAUUGACAAACUUUAAAUUCCCUUAAUUGCUCUCUUUAAAUUUUUUGCAAAACAAUUUUUGUGUGAGUUUGCUCAAGAUCUGGGUGAUACCUCUGUCUGGAGAUCAGUAACAACACAACUAUUGGUAGUAUUGCAUCUUAACAAAAUAAUCCAAUAGAAGAUUCUAGAAAGUUUCAUGUCAUGGCAUUAGAAAGUUUGUGUAGACAUGUCAGUAUGACUAGGCACUCUAGAAUUUUCUAGAAGCUUAUCUGUACAGUUGUCCUAACAUGAAAACCACUUUUUACUGACAGUGUUAUAAGACGCACAAUAGUCAAGAACACCCUGAUUACCCACUGUGUGCUGUGCAGUUAAAGGAUUUCAUGUAUGCAGCCAAAGACACUCCAACCUGUGUAAGGAAAAGUAAUAUACCAAACCCUAUUGGGGGUAAGUGAUUAUGAAGGUUUUUUUUACUAGAAUAUCAUGGUAUUACAGUAUACCUGCAGUUUGAUUGGUCCUUACUUAUGAUCUAUUGGAGGACAGACCCUGAGAUGACAUCACCACCACCAACCUUUCACUUCUUUGUUUCACCCUUUACACUAGUAACAUCAGUAUGCAUAUUCUCCAUACUGUUCUCUGUAUAUUUUCUAAGAUAAUGUCAAGGAGAACUUGUUUAACAAUCAAGGGCUUCUCUGGUGGGUGAUCAUUUCCCUUGUUCUCAUGACUUAUAUGUUUGAAUCAACAGUGAUAUUGUAGGGAGAAACUAGAAGUCAAUCACUCUUACAGAUUGAAGGGUUCAUUAUCAAAAUAAAGAAAAAAGUUUUCUUGUUGCUGUGUUUCCCUUCAGUAAUACAUCACAGAAAACAUGAAAAUGUGGGAAUAACAUCAGUAACACACUUGGCUGUGCCUCAUGUGCCACUUUUUUGUUCUUGUCACAUUUUGACAUCAUCUGUUAUCUGUUACUGCACUGCGGCACAGAAACAUGGAAUAUCUUUGUUAUACACUUCAGAUAAUAAGUAGGAGGAGAACUGGUGGUGUCAUUUUGUUGUGUUCUUAGGCAACAUGCUUUACUCUAACAAGGCUUAUUGAAAAUGUUGGUUAAAAAUCAUUACAAUGAUUUGUUGGAAAUAACUGAAAUAUAAACUUUUGCAUGCGCAAGGACAACAGUAUUUAUUUAAUACCAUUUUGUGCUUCUUGUAGCCAACUUUUGUAUGCCUCUUGGAGACAAGAAUGUUUGGGGUACUCUUUAUCCAAUAAAGAAGAAAAAAAAGGUGGUAAUGCUGGCCACUAAGGUAAAUGAGUUGUGGAAUACUAACUUAAUACAGUUGAACCUUGAUUAUCUGAACUCUGGGGGUCUGGGCAGAAACGUUCAUGUAACAGAGAGUCUGGAUUAUCAAAAAUAUGAAUAUCAAUGAACCCAAUAAUAAAGGGACUUUCUCAAAUCAUUAAGCAUCAUUUCCAAAAUUUGCCAUUUGAAGUAUUUACUUAGAGGUUUUGGACCUAAAUGCUGGGGUAAAUCAGUCAAGCUACUAAAGUGUUUGCACAUGGCUAAUUCUAUCAUUCUUUGAAGCUGAACCAAUGUAAUAGGGUCAACAUUGUUUCUUUAAAUCUGUUUUGUUUGAUGGGAAAAAGUUACAGAUGUCAAAUGUGACUGAUUGAUAUUUGUGUAAAAGGGGCCUAAGAGGCAAGUCUGGAUAAUCAAAAAUUCCAGACAAUCGAGGUCUGGAUAAUUGAGGUUUGACUGUGUACACAUUCUUUGGUGUUUUUGCUGCCAUUAACAGUUUGAAUUGUAUCAUCGUUACUUAGUUCCUUGUUUUUAUUUGCAGUUGGAUUCCAAUUCAUUCUUUCAUGAUCUGGUCCCUGGAGUAGAUAACGAUGGUUCCGGAAUAGUGGUAGCUUUGGCUGUGGCAAAGGCACUCGGAGCACUGAAAAGAAAUGUGAGUCUUUUCCUUGUAAAGAUCACUCAAACCUUCAUAUUCAUUAUUAGUUUCUGCAAUAAUGUGCAAAUUACAGUGAAAUCUGUUAUGAGUGCAUCCUGUAAAGGGUGGUUCACAAUUUAAAGGGGCAAUGCUUGAAAUACUAUAAUCAUUACAAUAAUAUUACAGCUUUUUGAAAUAUUUUUUGUGAUUAUCACACCAAAUAAUUUGUUUAAAGAAAUAUCAAAAUUGUUUUUAACCGCCAAGUUUGAUAUAUUUUUAAGUAAUCAGUUUGUAAUCAUUUUAACAUGAAACCAUUUAAAACUACAACAUACAACUUGAUUUUUACUUUGUAGGGUUCAUUACCAGAAACCAAGAACCACAUAAUGUUUACAUUUUUCCAAGGGGUAAGAACAUGAUAGUUAGAUAUUUGUUUGCAAAUUUUUUUCAUUCACCAACCAGAGGUUUUAAGUGAUUCAAAGGCUCUGAGGUGAUUGUCAAGGCCAAAUUGAUUAUCUUGUAGAGCUCAUUUGAUCAUUAUGGCAUAGAAAAUGGGUCUCUAUAUCCAUAGCAUUUGUUGUUGUUGUUGUUGUUAUAAUUUACCCACUUACAUUUAUUAAUUCUAGUUAAUGUUUUACUUUAUUUUUUAGGAAGCAUGGGAUUAUAUUGGCUCUUCAAGAAUGGUGUAUGACAUGGAUAAAGAUGAAUUCCCUUCAGAUCCUUGGAAGGUACAGGUUACAUUCUAUUACUCUACAGAAUGUAUGUGCUGUGGCUGAAAAUAAUGUGGUUUAAAGUGAUUUCAAUUCAGAUAAUUUUGGCGUCGUCAGCUGAGUUGAUAUUGUACAGUGGUCACUGUAAAAAGUUUCAAAGUUGUCAUUUUGAGCAACAGCAAAGAGCUAAGGCUUAAACACCAGCUUUGAAACUCUCUUUGGCUGAUCUAAAUUAUCAACUAUGUUGAGAAAACCAAAUUACCUUGUUAUACUCCCCCACCCUCCCUCCCCCAAUGCAGCACCACAGUUUCUCUAGAAACUUACCCCCCUGAUUUCAAACUAGUCUGAUCUAUUAAGCCUUUAACUCCUAAGAUCUGAAGUUUAAUUCUCCCCUCUAGCUGCUUGAUCUAACACCAAACUCUCCUAACUUAUUUACAAGGAAUUGUAUAAAAGCUGGAGGAGAGAAUUUAUGAUCAGAUCUUGGGAGUUAAAGGGUUAAGUAUCCUAUCUAGCUGCUACACAUUCCCUUGUAAAUUAGUUAACAACUCUACCUAGCAAGUUUGAGUAUUUUCGUUACCUGUUUGCUGGACAAUAUUUUAAUAUUUUUUUUUUAAGCAGAGGUGAAUCGUGGUGGAAGUAGUAGUAUGGAAUAAAAAAUGCUUGCUUGAUGGCCAUGCAUACAAAAAUGUUUGUUAAUUUUUUUGUUUGUUCAAGGUUGAUGGCAAAGACCUUACUUUAAAAACUGGGGAUAUCAAAUAUUUCCUGGAGCUAAAUCAAGUAGGACUCUCAAGGAACAAGUUGUGGGCACAUUCUGAUCCAGUUUCCGCUAAAGAUUCAGAAACCGAGGGAAAGGUAGGUCAUAUUCAGAAAUUCAUGGAAGUCUAGCUUUCGUUUUGUUUUCUCUAGCAAGUUUUCCUCUGACAUUUCUGUUCAAUGGGAAAGGGUGCAAUGAGAUCAACUGUUCUCAUUGAGGAAGUCCAGAUGACAACAUUGCAAGCUGUGUUCUUUGAUGUUCCCCUGCUACCCUUAGCUGCGCAGACACAGAGAAUGCUUCAUUCCUUGUCUGUUGAAACUCAAAAAAAUUUAUCAAAAGGAAGCUGUAGAUAUUUUUGCUACCAUGGUAACAAAACUGGUGGCAACUUGGAGUGCUGUCAAUAUUUUUCAACCUCCAUUUUUGAGAUCUGAUGAGAUGUUCUCUCCUCCAGCUGUUGAGAUUUCUGUUUUCUUCCCUAUUUAACCCUUUCACAGCCAAGAUCUCAUUAGUAAUUCUCCUUCCUGUCUGCUCUUCAAUUUUUGUAAUGUUAGUAUGGUGAAUUGGGAAUUGGAUCAACUAAUAAUCCCCUAAUAGAUGUUCUCCUUUAUUCUCAUCACUAGUCUGCUUGACAUUGUUUUGAUAUUGUAAGGAGAAAUUCCGUUCUGGUCUGUCAUGGAAGAGUUUAUGAGUUAAAGAAACUUAGUGAUAUUUCAAUGUAAUACAGACUAACUGAUUGGUUUGUCAAUUCUCAAUAUUUCUCUGCAAGAUAUCGUAAUGAAAUUGUUGGAAGAAGUUACAUGUUAAUCAACCCUGAAAGUAAAGGGCUUAUACUAAUCCUGUUAUGAAUCAUUAAUUACGAUACACUUUUUCCAUUUGACAGGUUAAUAAUAUUGUGAAAGCUCUUGAAAACGCAGGAAAAAAAUAUAACCUGGACAUCCAGGAACCCGCAGACAAACCACUGCCUCCAUCAUCUUUCCAGAUGUUCUUGAAAAAAAACCGCUCAAUACCUGGAAUUGUGUUGACAGACCAUAAAGAGGAAUAUUCCAACAAGUGAGAAACAGCAAAAAUCUUCUAUUCUCUUUCUUUCCAUCUGUGAGCUUUUCCACCCUAACAUCAAUAUGCACAUUCUCUGUAUAGCUCUUUAUACAUUUCUUAAGGUGCUGAUAAGGAGAAUUUGUUUACCGAUCAGGAGCCUCUCAAGUUGGUGAUCAUUUCCUUUAUUCUCAUAACCUAAGUGUUUGAUUAUGUAGUGAUAUGGUGAGGAGAAACUCUGUUUUAUCUUAAAUGAAGUUCUCUCUGAUUAUUAAUUUUUUUUCAUGAUCCAGCCAAUUCAUUUUCUCAAAAUUAUUAGUUCCCUAACCCUGUAAACCCUAAGAGUGACUAGCUUCUAAUUUCUCCUUACAAUAUCAGCCCUGAAUCAAACAUGAAGCUCAAGAGAAUAGAUGGGAUUAUCACCAACUAAAGCAGCUCUUGAUUGUUAAAAAAAUUCUCCUUGUCAGCCUCUUUGGGAAUGUAUAGAGAACAGUAUGGAGAAUAUGCAUACUGAUGUUAGUUUGUAAAGGGUUGAUAAGAAGUUUUUUCUUUUGUAUGGUAUCGUAAGUAAUUUAGUUAACACUGUACUGAAACAUUUUAAUGUGCGUAUUGCCAGGUAUGUAAAGUAAUUAAUUAAUGUCAAACGUGUAAACUAAAUGUUAGUAUUUUAUUGUCCCUGUGGUUAGAAUAAAAUUUGAUGAGAAAAGUAAGUUGGCGAAACAAGUGAAGCUUAGAUGAACCGAUGUAGUGAAUUUUGAAAAACUUUGUUUUUGUCCUUCAGAUUCUACAACAGCCAUUUUGACGAUCUUUACCAAGUUGGAGGAAAUGUAUCCAUGGAUAAUGAUACAGUUUAUGUCAUCACAGAAUUCACAAAGGUACUCCUAUUUUUAUAGGGAACGACUGUAAGAGUGAGGUGUUUCAAAUUUUUUACCCCAGGCUUAGGAAAAUGUAUAUUCCCGAUGGCUGGGAAGGCGAAUAAUAACAGGAAGGGGUGUCUGGGGAGCUCCUCACCCUUGAGUGAUAGUCACCCCUACACUGUGGGGCUCUCCUAUUCUUGGCAGACUGUGUUCCUGGGGACUCUGAGUGUCGACAGGCGAGAGAGUCAAAUGGGGACUGUACAUCUCUUCGUCACUUUGAAAAGUCAGCAGUGCUGGUUAAGCAAACAGCUGAACCGGAAAAGUGAGGCACCUCAUUUAAAUUUAUCCUUGCGCGUAUAAGGUCUCUCUCAAACACCAGCCUUCCACCCGUCCCAUUUUCUAUUCUGUCUCUAGAGACUGGAGUUACCAUCACACACUGUAACCAUUUUUUUGCGUUUUCACCGCAAUAUUUACUCUGCCAUGCACGUUAAUUUGACGAGUUUUCUUUUUGGGGAAAGGGGACUCGAACUCCCCGACGCGCCAGGGGGCUCUUCAGAGAGGAGGAAUCUAAACGUGCAGUUGUCGAAUCUUAUUCUUUCUCCUCAGAAACUUUCCAACAUCUCAUCAACUGUAGCCACAGCUCUGUACACUCUUGCCAAUGAUGGAACUGCACCAGACUUUGACAUCAAGGCUGAUGAAGCUCUGGUGAGUAGAUCGUCUCGAAUCCUUUGACUCCCAAAUGCUCUCUCGCUGACAAGACUGGCUAUAAUGUGACUCUUUUUUUGUUUUAGGGAAUUACUCGUAGGUCUUUUGCAUAUCGUAGCGUUUUUUAAGUGUUCAGUUAGGAAAACGAGGCGCGAUAGUAAACGAUGCAAUAGGAGUGGCGGAGUGAAAAGCCCGACCCAGACCUCCCUCGUUUUUAUUACUUAUACACUACGUCAGUAACUAACAAACGUCAAAGACAAGGAUGCAGCGAAGAACAGACAAGGAUCGGGGGAGAGACUGGCAGAAACCACAUAACGAAACUGACUGAACACAAGCGGGCGGCGAGGAAAGGAGAUCUCAACAAUCACAUUGCUGAACAUCAUCGACUUACGAACCUCACUAUUGAUUGGGACUCUAUGCAAUGCGUAACUUACAGCACUGACUACUUUCAACGACUGACUCUGGAAAGCGGGCUUAAUGACUUAGAACAGACUCCCUUCAACAGGUAUCAACUACUACCGGCACCAAACAAACGACUUAUUCACGACAUUAAAAUUUCAAACUAAACGAACGGAACGAGCUAACUUUACCGACGGAUCGAAACCGACCGAAACCUCGAACUUUUCAUUUGUGGUGUUUAUUCCUUACCUUGACCAUGACUGCCAAGUUGAAGUGACACUUGUACGACGGGAGAACAGGCUGUACUCUGCGAAUCAUUUUGGCCGUCAAGCAGUGGAGAAACGAAGCAUUGCGUGAUUGACAUAUUGGUCAUUUUGCCACGAAUGUGUGACCACCGCUUCUUAUUCAAAGGAAUGAAAGUGAUCUUCGCAGUAAUGGCACCACUUAAGCUGCAGUGAAAAUAAGCUUUAAGGAUUUAAACCCGUGACCUCUGCGAUACCUCGCGCUCUACUAACAGAGCUAACAAGCCAACUGGGAGUUGGUCAUAAUGUUGGCUCGUAAUAAACCCGUGAAGUGAUGCAUCAACGACUGUGAAUAUAUGAAAGCUAAUAACUGAAAUCGUUGUUUCUCCAACAGGUUGGUCAUCUUAUUUUCUGUCUUUUCAACCGUUCCGACUGUCCCCUUUACAGACAGGCUUCUGACAGCAACAAAACUUGGACAAGCUUUAAAAAAAGUGAGUAAGCCGGAUUUAAAGAUUCAAAUAUGACCAUGAGAAUCUCGCGCGCCUCUGCACUACCCCUAAGCCACACAGAGAGUCGGUGGUAAGCAAGGGUGUCACAAGGGUCAUAUAAGACACGCGACCUUCAUACAGCUACGAUAAAAAAUGACGAACUUAUGUAAGUAAAAAGAAGAAAGAGGAGGAAGGAGAAGUGUUUGUUUUACAACGAUUUGUUUUGUAUUUCUUUUAGCCCCAGUCAGUUUAAAACCGUUUCCCCGUUAUGUGAGUGUGAACGGCUCAAGCAACGCUCUGACAAGAACUGUGAAGUAUCUCCUCUUGUACUUCACUGGUUAUCAUUUUCCUCCGGGCAAAUAUGAAGAAUGCAAGGAAUCUGACGUACGUUCAGUAUUGUGUUAGCUUUAUUACUUAAUUUUUUAUACACUGAAAUAUAAUUAAUUAGCAAUUACUAGCCCAAGCUCGGAAGUUAAAAUUAUAUGAUUCUUGUUUUGUACCUCUUGUUUUGAUUUUGUUGUUCUUUUCUGUUUGUUUUUGUGUGAGUAGUGUGAAUGUGACUGAGUGUGAAUGUGACUGAGUGUGAGUGUGAGUGUGAUUAAGUGUGAGUGUGACUGAGUGUUAGAGUGAAUGUGACUGGGUAUGAGCGCGCGUGCGAGUAUGUAAGAGUAUGACUGUGAAUGUGAAUGUGAAUAUGCGUGAGAGUGAGUGUGUGCGGGUGCGAGUAGGAGACCGUGUUCUCUGUGACAAGCUAGUAAUAAUAAAAUGCCAGUAGGCUGGUAAUUUAAAGUACUCAUCUAUUCAGGAAGCUUAACAGAAAAUUAGGUAGUAUAACAAACAUUAUGUACUACUGUGUGGAUUUUGAUAGAUGAAGACCAAAUGUCAAACAGUUGUACCGCUUAGUUUAACCCACCUUUGAAAACUUAUGCAUUUGCAGGGCGUCGAAAAAAUCAAAGUCCUUGGCCAAAAACUGCAAGGUCUUUGUGUGACUGGUUCGGUGUUCGAGUCACCAGCUGUAUCUCCUGCAUUUGUUGAAGAAAACUACGAUUCUACUGAAUAUUCUACAUGGGCUGAGAGCACGUAAGGUUUUUUUCCCGUUCGUUGCACCAAAUGUGGAUGAAAUUGUCGUGCUACUGAAAACUACCCUUUACCUUCAUCUGGGAGUGUUCAUUAUGUCUUCUUUUUAGUUAAUGAGAUUAUAAUUUGUUUUCCUCUCCUGUUCCAAAUAGAUGGAACGACGAUCUUACAGUUCAAUUAUUUCUUGUCGCAAGCCCCAAAUUAGAGGUGAGUUAUUUUGUCUUCUUAUGAUGACAAUAUAAAGAAUGAGAAAAAAUCACAGCUUUCUUUUGGAAAGCGCCGGGAUAGGACGAUUGUUGAUUAUGACUAGGGGCGUUAAAAUCGGAUGUUUUCCGACGCUUGUAUCUUACUACUUUAUUCAGCGCAAGUGUUGGUUUCUCGUUAUAUUCCGGCGCUCGAUGUUGGAAACAUUUCUCCGCCUAUUUUAGACCAGAUAAAAACGCCUGCCAGCUUGUCCGGGCGUUAGUGGUCUCUUGACUUUCCGUACUUUCCAUUGGUUACGUGUUUUCCCGCCCCUGCCAUAAAUGUUAACCUUUCCUGCGCUUGAAACAAGCCUCAUAUUUUCCCAUUUACGUUUUUAAAAUUCUCCCGCCUUUGUCUAUGGGAAGUGGUUUCUUUUCGUUCCGCGGUAGCCACUGGUGACAUGUACUCUCGCGCUUAACACGAGUGUCAUGUUUUCCCGCCUUUUUGUAGAGAUAUUUUCCCGCCUUGUUGGAUUUCAAGAGGCUACGCUUGCCACUUGUUGCACGUGUUCACGCACCUGACGCAAGUUACACGUGUUCCCGCGCUAGACACAUGUCAUGUUUUCCUGCCCAAUUUUUGACAUAUUUUCCCGCCUUGUUCGAUGUCAAUACGCCACGCUUGCCACUUGUAACAUGUUUUCCCAUCUGUUUGUUAGCAUACUUUUCCUACUUGUUCGUUGUUGUUGUUGUUUUUUUUUUACUUUCCGCACUUUACAGUGGUUACAUGUUAUCCUGCCUGCUUCUUAGCUUAUUUUCCUUCCUUGUUUCCUGUUUUUUUUAACUUUCCGCGCUUUACAGUGGUUACAUGUUUUCCCGCGCUUUGCACGCGCUUACCACCGAGUUAGUGUUUAACCGCGCUUGUUGCGGUUCAUUUUCUAAAUAGUUUAGUAUCAUUAUCUUAUCAUCCUUUGUUUUGUUUUUGUUCUUGAUUGUUUAUUGGUGUAUUUUAUUCUUUUCAUUAAUUUUUUUUGUGAGGCCAAUUCAUCUGUUUCCUUCAUGUUUCAGGGCGUAACACUGGGUGCUGGACUCACAAUUACCUUCCUGUCUUUCGUACUUGUCUACUUUAUUAACAAGAAGGCUGACGUGAUCUUCACUUCCACUGAUCCUCUAAGUUCUGAACUCGACAAUUAAAGCUUUUUUUACAAGUCCAGCAAUACAAGUUUAGAAAUCCUCCCUAUGACAGCGUAAUAAAUUCAAGUGACAGGUGGCGUGAAGUAAAGAUCUGACAGGGUCUCGGCUAAAAAGGCAAAUUCUCCCAUGGAGGUUAUAAAAGAGUACGUUAAAACAGCAUGGCGAAUUGAAGUCGAUCAUGAGUUUGACAGAGGUCAGCAAAUAAGUUCUCACGACACUAAACAACGGACCUGAUUAAUGAAGAAUGUCACGAAAGCAAUUAAUAGGACACAAGGCUGCCCUUUCUUAAGGAUUCGGAGGACACGAGUCGUCUAAUCCUUGCAGCUGUAGUCUCCGAUGACGAGCGAAUCACCUCCGAGGAUAUUUCGAACCCGCGAUGAUGUGUCGACGAAAGCGGCUAUCGGGCAACUUAGAUCUUGUUAACGAGAAUAGAAACUUCAUUUUGUCAAACUGAGAAUUGUGUUGAUUAUAAGAGACGAUUUACUCUAGCCUUUUCUCUCUUUUUGUUUUUUUAUUUCCUUGGAGUAGAUAGAAAAUUAUUUGUUGUUGGGAAAAGAUUAAUCGUCACAAAUCAACAUCUCGAAUGUAUUUAAAAAAUGGUCGAAAUUCUUAAGAAGGCUUAUGUCUGAAAUAAGACACACUCAUGACAUCUAUUUUUCUAAACAGUUUUACUGAUUUUUUGAAGCCUGAAAUCUUUUUUUUUUUAACCUCAGAACAGAGCGCUGGUAAAAUCCGGUUUCUUUCGUAGCUAUGAAAAGAAAUGGUUGCACAUUCCCACCCAAAGAAGUUCAAAAUUGUCUUCAGCUGUUCAAGAGAAAUAAAUUUAUGAUUUAUGAGUGGAAGAGAUAAGCUUUCAGUAAUUAGCUUUGGAGACAUGUCCUUUUUGUCUUUGCUCUUACCAGGUAUUCAGGAUCUUGAUUAUUUAUGAUUAUUUGUUAUUUGAAGGGAAAUUUUAGUUUCUCAUGCAGUUGUAAAUACCGAGCCAGUGUGCUUCCCUCUUUGUAUCGAAACAUAUUUUUGUGAUACG